UCCUUCUUCCUCAGUCCCUCCUUCCCUCGCUCACAAAAUCUACCAUCACCGAACCUAAAAAACAGAAGAAAAAAACCCAUAAUUAUUAAUUUCUGUUAACGGCACAACAUCGUCUUCACCUAUCUUCAAAAUCCCCAAAACAAGCAUCAUCGUCUUCACAUCCUUCUCGAACCGAGGAACCAACCUGCUGUUCCUCCUAAAACCAUGAAGAAACAAAGGUUUCCUCAGGCCCUCAACAGCUACUUCGAUCUCCUGUCUGAGGAGAUCGUGUUGUCUAUCCUUGAAUUCCUCGGACCAAACCCGCUUGACAAGAAGUCGUUUUCUUUAGUAUGUAAAUCUUUCUACGCCAUCGAAGCCAGGCACCGUCGAACCUUGAAGCCGCUCCGUUCCGAGCACCUACCCAAGGUCCUGAAAAGGUACCCGCACGUGACCCACAUGGAUCUCUCACUGUGCCGGCGGGUCACCGAUGGUUCGCUGGCUGUGAUAGCUGGCAUGUGCGGGACCACACUCCUCUCCAUCGAUCUCUCCCGGUCCAAGUUCUUCACGGGCGCGGGGCUGUUGAGUCUGGCACUGAGGUGCGAGAAUCUGGUGGAGAUGGACCUGUCGAACGCGACCGAGCUGAGGGACGGGUCGGCGGCGGUUGUGGCGGAGGCGAAGAACCUGGAGAAGCUGUGGAUGGGGAGGUGCAAGAUGCUGACCGACAUAGGGGUCGGAUGCAUCGCGGUGGGAUGUAGGAAGCUGAGGCUAUUGAACUUGAAGUGGUGCGUGGGUGUUGGCGAUUGGGGUGUCUGCUUGGUUGCUAUCAAGUGUAAAGAUAUUCGUGUUUUGGAUCUUUCUUACUUGCCGAUCACCGAUAAGUGUUUACCAUGCAUCUUGAAUCUGCAACAUCUCGAAGAUUUGACAUUAGAAGGAUGCUUUGGUAUUGAUGACAACAACCUCGCAGUCCUUAAGCAUGGGUGCAAGUCGCUAAAGAAACUUGAUAUGUCAAGUUGUCAGAAGAUUACUCCUGUUGGCUUGUCUUCUGUAUUCAGUUGUACUAGAUGUCUAGAACAACUUACGUUAGCAUAUGGUUCCUCUGUUAAUCUUGAUCUUGCUGAUAGUUUGAACAAGCUUUCCAUGUUGCAAUCAAUCAAAUUAGACGGUUGCUCGGUUACCUGUGAUGGACUGAGGGCCAUUGGAGAUUGGUGUGUAUCACUGAGGGAUCUCAGCUUAAGUAAAUGUUCAGGAGUGACAGAUUAUGGCCUGUCCUACCUUGUAACAAAACAGAAAGACUUGAAGAAGCUAGAUAUCACAUGUUGUCGUAAGAUAACUGAUGUAUCUAUUUCCCACAUUGCAAAUUCUUGCACAUCUCUUAGAUCUCUCAGGAUGGAAUCAUGUACCCUGGUUCCUAGAGAAGUAUUUGUCUUAAUUGGGCGAUGCCGUUCUCUUGAGGAACUUGACUUAACAGAUAAUGAAAUCGAUGAUGAAGGUUUGAAAUCCAUCUCCACUUGUUGCAAACUCUCCAGCUUAAAACUUGGGAUUUGUCUAAACAUAACUGAUGAGGGACUUUCCCAUGUUGGCAUGUCAUGCGCAGGACUUAAGGAACUGGAUUUGUACAGGUGCACAGGGAUAACUGAUUUAGGGAUUUUAGCAAUUGCUCACGGAUGCCCUGGCAUCGAGAUGAUAAACAUAGCUUACUGUAAAGAAAUUACUGAUAGUUCCUUCAUCUCGUUCUCAAAAUGCUCGAAACUAAACACAAUUGAAAGUCGAGGAUGUCAUAUCACAUCAUUAGGGGUAGCAGCAAUUGCUGCAGGAUGCAAGCAACUAAUCAAGUUAGACGUAAAGAAAUGUUAUGAAAUUGAUGAUGUGGGGAUGAUUUCACUUGCUUACUCUUCUCAAAACCUCAAGCAGAUAAAUUUGUCGUAUAGCUCAGUUACAGAUGUGGGGCUCUUGUCUCUUGCCAGCAUCAGCUGCCUACAGAGCUUGACCAUUUUGCACUUGAAAGGUUUGACAGCCAGGGGGCUGGCAGCUGCCUUGUUGGCUUGUGGAGGACUGACAAAAGUGAAGCUCCAUGCGUCCUUUAAAUCCAUGUUACCCCAACAGCUUUUUGAACAUUUGGAAGCUCGCGGUUGUGCAUUCCACUGGAGAAAUAAAGUGUUUGAGGCUGAAUUAGAUCCCCAGUGUUGGAAACUAAGGUUGGAAGAUAUGGUGCAAUAGGGUUUUCUGAAUGUCCUUGAGCUUGAGGUUGAGAAGUUUCCAUGCAAAAGUUGCCGUCCAUAGCUUAUUGGAAAUCUUCGGCGACUCUUUGAAGCAAGGUGACACUCACCAAAAGGCCUAGAAAAUAUAUCGUUGUAAUUGUUUCUCUCUUGGUAUUACAGCGUUACUAAUUCCCCCCAAAAUAAUUGUUUAAGAAUGUAAGUACCGAUUUUGUGUUGUUUGGAUUAA